GGCACGCACAGCGGACAGAGCGCAACAACACGGCGUGAAUGGACAGUGCUAGACAUGGACUUUUGCAAAUUACUUUUAUGAUUGGACCCACAUCACGCGGACCACUCUUUUAAUUUAAAGAGGACUCAUUGCAACUUGCCACCUUUUGAACGGAUACAGCCUUUGCGCAUACCAGAACAGGUCAAAGGGGACCAUCGAGGAGGAGGAAACAGUAAAACAAGAGUCUGUCUGCCAGCAUGUGUAAGAAAUGCUCAGCGAGGAGAUGAGGACCUGAAGACACAUGAACUCGUCAACACAUGUCCUGCUGAACACACACACUGAAGAGUUGCAGACAACAGUGGCAUAAGACUUUGUGAGUGUGCGGUCGGCCCUGUGUGUUUGUGUGUGUGUGUGUGUGUUCUUACAUACUUUGCUGUGGUUCAAGCAAAGGACAAAAGCUGAAGAUUAUGGUACAACCGUCCACCUCAGCCUACCUGCUGGGAGGCCUUUUGGGCCUGUUUCUGUUGGUACCGGUUCAGAUGACCCAGACACCUGCCAGCAUGUGCAACCCGCUGAAGACACUCAACGAAAGCCUCAGCCACAGGCGACGAUACAUGAAGCACAACUUUCCCAUCAACUACUCCAUCAGGGUUCAUCAUAAUGAAAUCUUUAAAGUGUCCAGCAUUGGCAAAAUGAAGUUACUUGUGGAGGGGUUAGACGAGCUGGUUCUCCAGAGACUGUGGUUCCAGGUCAACCAAGGCGUGUUAAAAAAGAUCAUCCGGGUUUUACCUGAGAGACAUCCUUCGCGCCCGUACACUGCUCAGCUGGAGAGUCGCUUCAGAGAUUUAGAGGGCGUCUUUGUACAUUCACAUCCUGCUGAGGUGUUCCAGCAGGAGCUUCCAGAAACCAUCCAGGACACUUGGGAUCACUUAACAGAAGAGCCUGACAGAGUGCCACCAUCCAGCUGGAGAUACGCUUCUCCAAAAACCCUCCUGGAUAAUCUGUCUCAUACAAUGCAUUGCCUGUUCAGGGAGUGCUUUGCCAGCACAGAAGAACAGCAGGACUACUGUGGUGUUUCCCGUCGGAGGAAACGCAGGAAGAAAGACCUCAAGCUCAAAAGCUGAGAAGAAGCCAGCGGGGUGAAGUUGUCCCUGUUGAUACUGAUAAGGGAUUGGUAUCAUUACCUCCCCUUAGCUAUUGGGAGAGGAGUGAAAGGACAAUCCACACUGAAACGAGAAAGUUCUGCCCUGAUUUGUGAACAUUAAUAAGUCUCUCCCCAAACAAAUCUAAAGUGCCUCAAUUGUCUUUACGUGAUGGUAAAGACACAAACCCUGUUGCAGCUUCAUCAAACAAAGCAGGCUGAAACUGUAAGAAAAAAAGCAGCAUUACUGUGAAUUAAUUCUAAAAUGAACUUCAUUACACCUCGGCUCAUUAAAACAGAUGUCCAAAGUAAGAUUCAUGAAGGUAAUUCAUGUAGAGGAUGAGAAACUUUGGGUUCAUAUUAAGGAGAGAUUUGUUCAUGUUCACAUAUAUGGACUAAAUAGGUGUGGGAUCAAGAGACUGGGUAAAGGUGAAUACUUAAAGAAGGAGAGUGUAGUAUGAACUACUUAUUCCUCGUCAGCAGGGAGUUAACUUGGAGUGAAGACAUUACUGCGGCUUUGCUAAAUUUCUGCCCAAGAAGCCUGUGAAGUUCUCUGGUUGACCUUCAUGGUUGAGGGACCAACAAGACGGAAACAUGAGAGACAAUACAUCGGACCUUCAUUAUUUUCAGAAAAUCAGCUAACUUUGUAUCUAAGCCAGACUUCUCUUCCAAGAACAGCUCUUUUAAACUGCAAUGAAGAGUAAGAGCAAUGACCUACAUGACCUGAACUUCAAACCAUAAGGCAAACUGAUAACUACUGUUUUCUCUCCUCUUCUCAGUUGUUGACUUUGUUUUUUGUUUCCACAGCCUACAUUUAACAUCUUAUUUUUACAAUCCCAUUUCCAACAAGGUUGGUAAGCAGUUUAAGAUGUUUAUGAAAGCCAGAUUUGAUGGUUAGAAAAUCCUUUAAAGCCUUUACGAAAUUGAAAAUAGUGCAAAGACAAAAUUUUAAAAAUUUUAACUGAAAAAGAGUACUGUUAAAUGCAAAUUACAGUAUGAACUCAUUUUAAAUUUGACACCAGCAAUACAUUUGGAAACAGUUUGGACGGGGGCAUAUUUACCAUUGUGUUGCAUAACCUCUUCUUUUUCUGGAAACAUUUGGGAACAAGGAGACCAGUUUCUGGAAUUUUUCAAGGGAAAUAUUCUUGCCUGAUACAGGAUUUUAACUUAUCUACAGUGCAGAGUCGCCUUUGUUGUUUUUUCGUUUCCUGAUGUGCCAAAUAUUUUCCAUGGGUGACAAGUCAGGAUCGUAGGCAGGCCAGCUUAACACCGGCACUCUUCUACUACCGAGCCAUGCUGUUGUAAUUCGUGCCAAAUGCGGUUUGGCAUUGUCUUGUUGAAAUAUGUGAGGUCUUCCCUGAAAAAUACGUUAGAUGCCAGCAUAUAUUGCCUCAAAAUGUAAUAUAUACACUACCAGUCAAAUGUUUGGAAACACCUUCUCAUUCAACGCUUUUUAUUUCUUUAAAUGAAUUUAAACACUGUAGAUUAAU